AUGGGUCUGUGUUGUUCAACGACUGAACAACAACAAACGGAACAAUUUCAUUACCUGCAGCAUCAAUUAGCACAACAAAAUCAGCAACAACAAUCAGUUCAUCACAACUUACGUCCGAAUUCACCUUACGAUAUCAGGACAGGUAUAGCGAUGAUGAUGCAGCAAGCAACAGCUCUGGCUAAGGCUCCACCAGGUAUGGACCUUUUGGCUUUGGAAGCAGAAAUACGAAAAGCCAAAGCAGAAGGCCGUACUGUUACUAUUGCAAAUAGUUGCAUUUAUUUCGACUAUGAACUAGUCGGUCGCAUACCUCCUGACAUACCUUUUCACCCCUGA